AAUUAUUCAGAUUUCAGAAACCUCACUUUCAAGCCUCCGCAUAGUUUCCUCAUUUGGUGUUUUUUUCUCUUCUUCUUCUUCCGAUUAACAUCAUGCUUGUUUACAAAGAUCAGUACAUGUAUUACAUCGAUUUAGCCUAAUGUUUCUUCAUCGGAUCUGAUUAUUGUUCAAUUAGGCUGUAGAAACACGUUAUAACCGAUUCUCUGAGAAAACUGAAUCCUUCUGUAUGCUCAUUUUGAUUUACAUUGCAGAUAAAGCUUCACUAAAUUUCGGAUCUUAAUUUUUACAAGUUUUGUCAACAUUAAUCUUGAAUAGUUUUGAUUAUCAACGCUAUUAUUUCCUCCUACAGUCAUAUAAAUCUUGAAUUAACUGGUAGGUUUAGUUUUUAUUUGGAUUUUUGGAUCUGAUUCUCGUUCAAUUAGGUUAUUGAAACACGUUCUUAGCUCAUUUUAGCACUCUGCGUGGCCAUUGAAGUGCAAUUUCGAUUCACAUUUCUGUUUUUGUUCACUUAAAUUUUUGACAUUUUAUGUCUACAUUCGAGAGGAUAAAAUCUUGUGUUACGAUUACAAAUUGAAGAAGAAGAGGAACGGCACGUGAGAGUGAGGUGGGAUCGAGUGCCACGUCAGCUGAUAAAUGAGGACAACUGGAUCAUCUUAUCUAACAACCAGGAGAGAGAAAGAGGAGGGAGAGAGGGGCUUGUGAGCUGGAUAUAAAGGAGAGAAUGGAACAAAACAAGCGGACUUAUCUACUAAUGGAGGAUGACAAGAAGAGGAGGAAGAAGAACAAAAAGAAGAAGAAUAAGCAAACAAACGAACCAACUGAAACCGAAAAACUUGAUGAUAAGGAAUCAACUUCUGAUAGCCAGAUAGGAGAGAAGUCUGAUGUUAAAGUAUCAGAGAUUGCAGAUGCGCCAAAUGAUGAUAUAGGGCACAUAACUGCGGAUGGGGAUGGAUGUCUUGCCAACGGCACUGAAGUAAUAAACCUGGCCGAAGUGGAGAAACAGAAUUGUCUUGAUAGAGAGGCCAUUCUUGAAGGAAAAGUUAACAAACUUCAGUCUGAAAAGGACGCUCAAGUACAGAAAGAGGCUAGUCAAAGUGAAAAAAUCAAGCUGUUAGAUGACGAAAAGAACGCAUUGGUGCAGAAUGAGGCUAGGUUAAAGGAGAGACUAGCAGAGUUGGAAAAGGAAAACAAUGCAUUGAUCCAGAAAGAGGGUAUCUGUGAAGAGAAAAUUCAACAACUACAAAAGGAAAUGAAUUCUGAAUUGCAGAAAGAGGCUAGCCUGGAGAAGGAAAUUCUAGAACUAAAGUGUGAAAAGGAUUCCUGGGCCCAGACAGAGGCUGGUUUUGGGCCAAAGUUGAAUCAGUUGGUGGACGAGGCUUCAUUAUUAAAUUUAAAAGUGGUGAGCCUAGAAGAAACAGUAAAAGAGAUGGAAAGAGAGAGAGACUCCUGGAUGCUGAAAGAGAACUCAGCAAAGGAAUCUAUUUCCAGCCUGACUGCUGAUAACACCAAAUUAAGAGCUCAGGUGGAGGAGCUGGAGCUAUCCAGGGACACUCUCUUUAGUGAAACACAACAGUUGAAAGAAUUCGUUUCAAGUCUGCAGUUUGAGAUGGACAAACAGACACUAGAAAAUGGUCAUGCAAACUACGAGGCAGAAGCUGCUAGUGCACUGGUUGAGAAAUUGGUUGCAGAAAAUUCAGAGCUUGUUGAAAAGGUUAGUGAAUUGCACGCUGAGCUUGAACAGAGACGUGUAAGAACCGAACAAUUUCCCAAUGUUGGCUCAGUUCCUGGUGCUGUAAGUGCUCAUUCUGCUGAAGUAUCUGGUGCUAGUGAGACGAUCACUGUCUCAGACGGCGGCAUCCAGUCUUUGGAAGAUGCCAUGGUCAAAGAUGAGAGGAAUGACGAGCUAGUGAAUGUGAAACCUGGUGUUGCAAAUUCUUCAGAAAUAAUGGAGGAAGACGAAAUUGUGCAAAUUCCGUUGGAUGAGAAUGAAGCAGUGAAGGAAAGUAAUAUGGAUGUGGCUCAAAAUGAUGACAAUGUGGAUGUCUCGCUCACUGAUUCACCGUUGGUUGGCGCUCCGUUCCGUUUGAUAUCAUUUGUAGCUAGGUAUGUUAGUGGAGCUGAUUUAGUGAAUGCCAACACUGGCUGAUCAGACUAGUUGGCAGACUGAAGCAGAGAUUUUUUUGGAAUAGAUAGAGAGAGAGAGAGAGAGAGAGAGAGAGAGAGAGAGAGAGAGAGAGAGAGAGAUACAGCCAUAGCAAGUUUUGUAGAAAGAGCUAGUCAUAUUUAUACAGUUUUCUGUUUUGUAGAUUAACAAUGUAGAUUGAUUAAGCUACUGUUACUGACUUGUUACAUACGAAUAUUUAAUAUAGAAAUCGAAUUGAGAAAGGAUGGUUACAUUA